CGGACGAUGGAAGUGCCACUAUGGAUAUGGGUUUGGUGCGCUGGUGUCUGAGCUGUGUGCUGGUAGGUCUGGCGCUGGCAGCUGCGCCCGCCGCCGCCACGGCAGAGAUCAUGAGCCACGUCACCGCGCACUUCGGACAGACGUUAGAGGAAUGCCGAGAGGAGUCGGGGCUGACGACGGACAUGAUGGCGGCGUUCGCGCACUACUGGAGUGAGGACUUCGGGAAGGCGACGGUGCCACGCGAGUUCGGCUGCGCCCUCAUCUGCAUGUCGCACAAGUUGUCGCUGUUGCAGCACGACGUGCGUCUGCACCGCCUCAACAUGGACGACUACAUACGCAGCUUCCCAAACGGUGAUUUGUUGUCGAAGAAGAUGGUGGAUAUGAUUCACGAAUGCGAGCAGCAGCACGACACUGUGGACGACGACUGCGAACGCAUCGUGAACGUCUCCCUGUGCUUCCGGAGCACCGCCCAGCGCGAGGGCAUCGCGCCCAACCUCGCCAUGGUGGAGGCCGCGCUCGAGCAGUACACGUAGAGCGCACUCUGACGCGUAGCACAACUUUUUAGUCUCAGUUAUUUCGUUAUACUUCUAUAUAGAAUAUAAAGCCCUUAAUAAAACAUUUUUGGAUAGACUUCUA